UGUUUCCUCACUAUUCUAGUUGGUGUUAAAACAUGCCAAAGAAUUACAUCUGAUUUGGUUUUCUCCUUUUUGGAGAAACUUUCCAAGAUUCACUAUUGAUUCAUUUUGUGAUCACAUUGGUCUUGGAGCAAAUCCCAGUUCUGAACUGCAAAUAUAGAAAAAGAAGAAAAUUUAAGCCUAUUGACUAUCCAGGAAAAUGGGUGCUUUAGUGAAGCCCAUUGAUGCAACACUCUUCUUCUUAUUUCUAGUAGAGGCUUCAUUUUUUGUGGGAUUCGUUUAUUUUGGUGCAAGCUCCUUUUUCCCUAGCUGCUGGUUCCCAAGUCUUGGUUCAACACCACCUGCUUGAUUUACCUCUGCUAAAUGGCCCUGACUUUUCCAGGUUGCUUCAAUAAUGGAAGUGAGGGUUAAGAAAGCAUCUGCCAAUCUAUUAAUGUUUUACUGGUCUUUCUUCUGGACUCUGCAUCAACCAUUGGCAAAGGACCUGCAUAUUAGACUAUUCUUCGGGGCUAGUCUGUACCCGGAAGUGUUAAUCAAUCUGCAGAAGUGGUACGCUCACGAGUAUGGUGACUAUCUUUUCACAGAGAAGCCCCAUUUUUUUGUUGGACUUGUUUGGCUCCAGCUCCUUGUUCGACGGCCGCAUGCUCUUCUUAAUAUCUAUGCUAUUUUGGCUUCCAAAUCUUGGUUCCCCAUUACCUUCUUGAUCUAUGGCGCCUCGUUCUUGACCUCCAUGGUUGCUGUGUACUGGCCUUUCUUUGGAUUUGCAAUAUUGGCGAUACUGCGCGGUCUGCUACCACAAUCUGGCAAGACUGCAUCAAACGUUGGCAAGAGACCUGCAUUGCCUAGGAAAAAGAGGGUUUGAAACUAUAGCCUAGUUUACAACUAGUGGACUAAAAUUUGUUCUAAUCCUUGCCAUUGUUGUUUCCAGUGAGCCAUAUUGUGACCCCUAGUUUAUUGAGUUGAGAAGUAUUCCAAGUUUGUUGCUUAAUUAAUGAAGAUAGGGGAUCCUUUUUUAUGGUCAAAAUCAUUGUUUUCUCCACUUGACUAAUCUUGCAUUGUGUGAACUCAACCACACAAAAUAAAUUAGGAUUGGAGAUUUCUUUAAUCUGAAAUUUCUCAACUGGUUUGAAAUAUUGGUUUUACCUCUGCUUACUGCCGAGUUUGACUGUAUAAUUAUUAUGUUUGCAUUGAAGGUUUAUCUAUGUGUAUGAUUAAGUUUAUGGUUCUUA